CUUCGGGGGUGCUCUUGCCAUGUUUGCGGAAACUAGGUUACAGCAGCUAGCUGAAGGCUUGUAACUUAUAUCUGUCACAUCGUAGCCGUGUUUUAAUGUCCAAAAUGAACCUACCAAAGGGACCAGAUUCUUUGUGCUUCGAUAAAGAUGUUUUUAUGAAGGAUGACUUUGAUGUGGACCAGUUUGUGGCGGAGUGUCGGAAGCAGGUCCAGCUGGAGGAGAUGAGAGAGGACCUGGAGCUUUAUUAUAAGCUGCUGAAAACGGCCAUGGUGGAGCUCAUUAAUAAGGACUACGCUGACUUUGUUAACCUCUCCACCAACCUGGUGGGGAUGGACAAAGCCCUCAAUCAGCUUUCUGUGCCACUUGGGCAGUUACGAGAGGAGGUUAUGAGUCUGCGGUCCUGUGUGAGUGAGGUGAUUGAAGCUAUAGACAGCCAACUGUCCAAACAGGACGACCUGCAGAAAAAAAAGGUGUAUGUUUUGAGGCUGAUUCAGGUGGUGCGCUCAGUGGAGAAGAUCGAGAAGAUUCUCCACUCACAGAACUCUAAAGAAUCCAGCUCACUUGAAAUCAGCAGUCCUUUGCUAGCAGGUCAGAUUCUGGAGAGGAUUGCUACAGAAUUCAACCAGCUGCAGUUCCACGCUGUGCAGAGCAAAGGCAUGCCCCUCCUCGACAAAGUCCGACCUCGUAUCGCAGGGAUCACCUCCAUGCUCCAGCAGUCUCUGGAGGGUUUGCUGAUCGAGGGUCUGCAAACAUCCAACGUGGUCAUGGUGCGUCACUGCCUGAGGACAUAUGCCACCAUAGACAAGACUCGAGAUGCCGAGGCCCUGGUAGGACAAGUGCUGGUAAAACCAUACAUGGACCAGGUGAUAAUAGAGAAGGCGGUGAAGUCCAGCCCAAACGGUCUCCAAUUAAUGUACACUAGAUUGUUGGAGUUUGUUCCUCAUCACUGCAGACUGCUUAGAGAGGUCACUGGAGGAGCUAUAUCCAGUGACAAAGCUGACAUCGUGCCAGGUUAUGACUUCCUGGUGAACUCUGUGUGGCCCGAGAUAAUCAAAGCGAUCGAGGAGAGGUUGGCCUACCUCUUCAACCCUGGAAACCCCGACAUAUUCUAUGAGCGUUACAGUGCGAGUGUGGAGUUUGUCCGGAGGUUUGAGCGUCAGUGCAGCUCACAGGCCAGUGUGAAGAGACUGAGAGUUCACCCCUCGUAUACCAGCUUCCACAACAAAUGGAACCUGCCUGUCUACUUUCAAUUACGGUACAAGGAAAUAGCUGGAAGUUUGGAGAACGCCGUAAGUGAUGGACUAGAGGCAGCACCAGCUGGCAGCAGCACCUACCACCUGCAGGUGUCUGAGGUGUUGUGGUCCUGCCUAGUGAGAUGUUGGUCAGACAAAAUCUACCUGUCACCUCUGGCUCAUCGCUUCUGGAAGCUCACACUGCAGCUUUACGCACGAUAUGCCGAGUUUCUUGAUGAGGUGUUAACAAAGACUCCAACCCCAGAGGUGACCAAAGAGCCAACCAGGCCUCUGCCCAGCUCAGCCUCCUCCACCUCCAGCCGAACAUCUUUGGAGGAGGGCGGUAGCGAGAGUGGGAGUCCUGUCUCUCUUUCCACUAAACAGCUAGUCUACAUCGCAGCUGACAUCCAAAAGCUGCAGGAGAAGAUUCCAGAGUUGUCAGAGAUGGUCAGACAACGAUUGGAAGCAAACGGAUUCAAAAACUUUGCUCUUGUGGAAGAUGCUCUUUCAGACUCAAAGGCUUGCCUGUCAAGAAGCAUUCCCACUCUGAACACAAAGAUGUCCCAGCAUCUGACUGAACGCAGUUGCCGCUUCCUGAAGAGCGCCUCUGAGGUUCCGAGACUCUACCGCAGGACUAAUAAGGAUGUGCCGGUGCGUGCUUCAGCCUACAUGGACAACGCCUUACGGCCAUUACACCAGCUGCUGACCGACUCGACCGGGCUGGUUACCCCCGCCACGGCGCAAGAGUGGCUGCGAGUUACACUGUCAGAGUGCACACAGAGGUACUAUGAGACAAUCUCUGAAGUGCUAAGCUCGGUGAGAAAAAUGGAAGAGAGUCUGAAGCGACUGAAGCAAGCAAGAAAGGGCGCGAGCACGGCUACAACAGCGGGAACAAACGGUGGACCCACUGACGACAGCAAGAUCAGACUUCAACUCGCACUGGAUGUGGAAUACCUGGGAGAACAGAUCCAGAAGAUGGGUCUUCAGCCAAGUGACAUCUCCAUGUUCUCCACUCUGAUGGACCUUGUAAAAGAGGCCAGAGAGCUCGCUGAAUAGAACCAGGGAAAGUAGACUCAGUGGUGACUGAAAAGAAUGAGCCUGCUGGACUUAGCCCUGCAUUUUCUGAAGACUUGAUAAGGAAAUCAAAGGAUCUGGUAACUGGUAAUGAUGAUCGAACCAAGAAGGAUGAAGGACAAGACCUGACACUACUGAGAUCUUUUUUUUUUUUAACCCUUUCUUACCAAAAGACGUUUGUUCAGUGGCGAUAUUAAAACCAAAUUGCACAAGAAGUCUCCAACGGGAGCUUUUCAGGAAGUUGUUGAAUGAGAGUGGAUCAUCAUAACUUCUACUGAAGGCAUGCUAACGAAUGAGACUUUAUGGUGCUGUGAUAAUGAAAACCUUUUCACCAAAUGAGUGCCGCUGGGUGCUCGUACCAAACACUGCUUUAUGGAUCAGUCUUGUUCGGAUCACGUGUUGGGAAACAGACACUAAACUGUAAAGACAGAACAUGAAUGUCUGCUACUUGGUGAAGGACGAAUCUAAAACAAGACUUUUAGUGUGAUUUAAAAAAAAGAUACAAAUGUAAUGUAUAAUAUAAUUUCUUUAAAAUUAUGUAACAUAACAUGGGAUUAAAUGAAGAACUAUG